AUGGGUGGGUUUGUCUCUUACAAAUUAUUUGAUUACCUUGGAAAAGAAUUUUGUGAUAAGUACAUUCAAAAAUGGAUUGCAAUUUCUGCUCCAUUUAUUGGAACAGGAGUAGUUCCAAAGCAAAUGACAGUUGGAGAAAAUUUAGGACUUCCAAUUAAAGCAGAAUAUGCACGAGAUCUUUCUAGAUCAAUUGAAUCAGUGUUAGCGUUAUCUCCAAAUGAAGAAAAAUGGAAUGAUGAUAUUCUUGUUAGAAUUAAAAGUAAUGGAAAAACUUAUACUGCUAAACAACUGAGGGAGUUAUACAAACAAAUUCCAGAAUUAAAAGACAAAACUGAUUUUAUUUUAGAUACUGAAAUAACAUCAUUAUAUAAGAAAUGGAAUUGGACUAUUCCAAAUGGAGUUAAAAUGGAUUGUGUUUAUUCUCAUGGUAAAGAAACUCCUUAUUCUAUAGAAUUUAAUACUGAUGAUUUAACAAAAGAUUAUACUGUUAAUUAUUCUGAUGGUGAUAAUUUGGUUAAUAUUAAUUCAUUAGAAUCAUGUAAAAUAUUUACUGAUUCUGUAACUAACCUUGGUAAACAUGGGCAUUUAUUAAUUUUAAAUUCUAAUGAUAUUUGGAAUUAUAUUAAACCUAAAGUAUGUGGUAACUAUGAUUAA